CGGGGCGCAGCCGGGCGCGGGGCCGGACGAGGGCGGCGCGGAGCGGAACGGCGGCGGCGCCAGCUGCGAGCGCGGCUCAGUCCGGGCGUGGAACGCGGCGGCGGAGGCUGGGCGCCCGCGGGGCGCUGCAGCGAUCCCAUUGUGCCUGGCUCCCUCCCAGGAGCUCUUGCUGGAAGUGAGGUGCUGCUGUCCUGAACAUCGGCCCGGCAGCUGCGGCCUGGGGUUUUGCGGUGAUCACGAAUGGGCAAGGUGUUUGGGCUCCUGGGACACAGCUGUCAGUCAAACCUGGCUGAGUCUCCGCGGUCCCCAGCAGAUCCUGUUGGAAAGAAGGAAGCAGACAGCAACAUGAAGAGGAAGGGAAAACAGCCCGGAGAACGUCCUGGGGCCUGGGAAUACCAUCAUGGCCUGGUUGGUUUACACAACAUUGGACAGACCUGCUGCCUGAACUCCUUAAUUCAGGUGUUUGCAAUGAAUGUGGACUUCACCAGGAUACUGAAGAGGAUCACGGUGCCCAGGGGAGCUGACGAGCAGAGGAGAAGUGUCCCUUUCCAGCUGCUUCUGCUGUUGGAGAAGAUGCAGGACAGCCGGCAGAAAGCAGUGCGGCCCCUGGAGCUGGCCUAUUGCCUACAGAAGUACAACGUGCCCCUGUUUGUCCAGCAUGAUGCUGCCCAACUCUACCUCAAAAUCUGGAACCUGAUUAAGGACCAGAUCGCUGAUGUGGACUUGGUGGGGAAGCUGCAGGCCCUGUACAUGAUCCGGAUGAAGGACUCUUUGAUCUGCCUGGACUGUGCCGUGGAGAGAAGCAGAAACAGCACCAUGCUGACCCUCCCACUUUCUCUUUUUGACGUGGACUCGAAGCCCCUGAAGACGUUGGAGGAUGCCCUGCACUGCUUCUUCGAGCCCAGGGAGUUAUCGAGCAAGAGCACGUGCUUCUGUGACAACUGUGGGAAGAAGACUCGUGGGAAACAGGUCUUGAAGCUGACCCAUUUGCCCCAGACCCUGACCAUCCACCUCAUGCGAUUCUCCAUCAGGAAUUCACAGACGAGAAAGGUCUGCCACUCCCUGUACUUCCCCCAGAGCCUGGAUUUGAGCCAGGUGCUUCCGACGAAGCGAGAGCUCCGUGACGCUGACGAGCAGCCCGAGGGGCAGUAUGAGCUCUUCGCUGUGGUUGCACACGUGGGAAUGGCGCACUCCGGUCAUUACUGUGCCUACAUCCGGAAUGUUGUGGACGGAAGAUGGUUCUGCUUCAAUGACUCCAAUAUUUGCUCGGUGUCCUGGGAAGACAUCCAGUGUACCUACGGAAAUCCUAACUACCACUGGCAAGAAACUGCGUAUCUUCUGGUUUACAUGAAGGCGAAAUGCUAAUGGAUAUGCCCAAAACCUUCAGAGAUGGACACACUGUUAUUUUCCACUUCCGUCCUGGAUCUAUGGAGUCUUCUAAGAAAUUUUGCAAUCAGGAGAAGAAUCGUUUUCCAACUAUAUAAUUGAGCCUUAUUUAUGAUCAGGGAUAUCAUCAAAACAUUUAACACUGAAACCCUGCAGGACCUGAUCAGGCAGGAUGGACGCUUUCACCAGCGGACCCGGCCAUGUGGCUGCUGGGUCUUAGGUGCCCCCUGCUGUGGUCAGCCCUUUAGUUAGGAGCCUGUGGGAGGUCCAGGUGCUCCAGGGAGGAGCGCAGUGGCAGUGGGGUGCAUCUGGAUGCUAAGGGUCAGUGGCUGUGGGUGUUUCAGUAUUUCACAACUGCUGUGCCCAGACUUGUGUGUACUGGCUGAAUAUCAGUGCUGUUUUUAAUUUCUCAGUUUUAGAACCAGUAUUAAUCCAUAUAAAUCAAGCAUUUUGUAACUGUUAUUCUUGUAUUCAGCAAAUAUUUAUUGACAAUCUGUUCUCCGUAAGAGAGUGUGAUAGCACAGUAAUGAAUAUAGUUCUUUUCCACAA